GCUGUCUGUUAAAUGAUGUGUAGCCAAAACCCCAAAAAUCAUCUUCGAACACUGUUCUCUUCUCUCCAUCAAGCUUGAAAGCCUUCAACUGGGGUUUUUGAAUUUUUUAAAUUAGUUUUCCAAUUAACAAGUUUUUUUUCCCCCCCAAUUUUCAUUCUAUUAACUUCAGUUUAAUAAUCUUCGUGGAGAAGAAGAACAAGAAGAAGAGGAAGGACUGGAGAGAUGGGUGCACAGAAAAAGGGCGCAACCGCUAGGGUAUCAGAGGACCCCGAGGAGCUCGCACGUCAUCCAUUGCAAGCCAUUCUUUUAGCCGAUAGCUUCACCACCAAGUUCCGUCCAAUCACCCUUGAACGCCCCAAGGUGUUAUUGCCAUUAGUGAAUAUCCCGAUGAUAGACUACACAUUAGCGUGGCUUGAAUCCGCGGGAGUGGAGGAGGUUUUUGUGUUCUGCUGUGCUCAUUCGAAGCAAGUCAUUGAUUAUUUGGAGAGUUCGGAUUGGCCUUCUCAGCCGAAUUUUUUGGUUACAACGAUCGAAUCUCACAAUUCCAUCAGCGCUGGUGAUGCUUUGCGUUUGAUUUACGAACGCCAUGUGAUACAUGGAGAUUUUGUUCUUAUUAGUGGAGAUACAGUGAGCAACAUGUCACUUACUCAGGCACUUCAAGAACAUAAGGAGAGAAGGAAAAAAGACGCCAAUGCAAUAAUGACCAUGGUUGUUAAACAGUCAAAGCCUUCUCCAAUCACUCAGCAGUCUCGACUUGGUACUGAUGAACUCUUUAUGGCUAUAAAUCCUGACACGAAACAGCUUUUAUGUUAUGAGGAUAAAGCAGAAUAUUCAAAAGGGUUUAUAUCUCUUGACAAAACACUGAUAGCUGAUAAUCCUUCUAUUGUUCUGCACAAUGAUAAGCAGGAUUGUUAUAUUGACAUAUGCUCUGAAGAAGUACUAAGUCUUUUUACAGACAAUUUUGACUAUCAACAUCUACGACGUCAUUUUGUAAAAGGAUUGCUCGUUGAUGAUAUUAUGGGUUACAAGAUUUUUACUCAUGAAAUUCACUCAAGUUAUGCGGCUAGGAUAGAUAACUUUCGAAGCUAUGAUACCAUUAGCAAGGACAUAAUUCAGAGGUGGACUUAUCCGUUUGUGCCAGAUAUACUCUGUGGAAAUUCUGCAAUAAAAGUUGAGAGGCAGGGAACUUACCGAGCAUCAGAAGUCACACUGUCACGUUCUGCACAAAUAGGUCCAUUCACUGUCAUUGGACAAGGCACCAAAAUAGGGAAUGACACAAAAAUCUUUCAUUCUGUUAUUGGAGAAGGGUGUACUAUCGGAUCAAAUGUUACAAUAGAAGGCUCCUAUAUAUGGAAUAAUGUUACCAUUGAAGAUGGCUGUGAAUUAAGGCAUGCAAUAGUAUGUGAUGGUGUGAUAAUGAAGUCAGGAGCAGUUUUGGAACCUGGUGUUGUUUUCUCUUUCAAGGUUGUAGUUGGACAACAGUUUGUUGUUCCUGCGUAUUCAAUGGUUUCUUUACUUCAACAGCCAACCCAGCAAGAUAGUGAUGAGGAAUUGGAAUAUGCUGACAGUAGUAGUGGAAAUGUAGAGCUUCCAUCAGCUAAAUUGAAUGGGGAUAUCACAUCUGAUUUAUCCGAGACACGACAUGGGCCCACAUCUGAGCUUGGUACUGGUGGAGUUGGUUAUAUUUGGUCAAUCUUUGAAGGAGGGCAUGAUGAGGAAUGGAGGCAUUCAGUUGCACCCAUUACCACAGAUAAACUGGCCAAGAUAAUGCUAGAUAAAGAUGAGGAUGAGGAAUUGUUAACUCAAGAUGGCAAUGUUCUCUCACCUUCAGGAGAGCUGAAAUCUGAUUCUGAUGGUAAUGAUUCCGAAGACGAUGAUAAUGAAGGCUCUAGAGAUGACUAUGUUUCCUUUGAGAAAGAGGUGGAAGCAACCUUUUUAAGGGCUGUUCAUGAAAAUGUCAAAGUAGACCAUGCAAUCUUAGAGGUGAAUGCACUUCGAUUGUCUUACAACAUGGCAUCUGUGGAUUGUGCUGGAGCAAUAUUUUACUCAAUGAUGAAAUUGGCAGUAGAAUCUCCACAUAGCUCUUCUAGUGAAUUACAUAGAAACGCUGCAGAUGUAAUCACGACAUGGCAAAAACUUUUGAAGUCUUUCCUGCAUGAUAUAGAUGAGGAGAUUGAGGUUAUCUUGAAAUUUGAAGAAAUAUGCCUGGAAUCUGCCAAGGAGUUCUCCCCAUUGUUUGCACAGAUUUUGCAUCUUCUAUAUGAUAAAGACAUUCUAGAAGAAGAUGCUAUUUUAAGGUGGGCUGACGAGAAGGAAGGGGCAGAUGAAUCAGAUAAAGUUUUUGUUCAGCAUGCAGAAAAGUUUCUUCAGUGGUUGAGAGAGGCAGAAGAAGAAGAAGACUGAGAUGGAUCAUGAGUGGCUGCUUUUCUCAAGGAAUUCUUGCAUGGCUAACCCUUGGUGCAUUUUUCCAAUUUUGUUUUCAUGUGGCUAAUAGAAUAAAUCUUCCAAUUAGCCAUCAUGUAUGUUGUAUUGAAACAGUGCAAGCUGUCCAUAUAUGCAUAUUAACUUAUCCUGAUGAUUUUAUAAUUCUUUUUUUUUUAACUUGCUUAAUAAUCUUUUUUUGUCAGA